CAAUGUCAAGGCAACUGGUUGCCUAGUAAACGAGGCAAUCAAUUCUGCAGAGUGUAAAGUUCCAAGAGUAUGUUGAAGCCGCUCUCUAGUCGAUUUGUAACAGUGUAACAAACUUCUAUGCUCGUAUUUCCACCAUAUUUCUAGCGGCGAAAGCCUCCUAUCAUAUUCCAGGAAUCCCCCCUCGGACAAACUGCAAUGGCAACGGUCAAUUCUCAGAUUUCCGCCUCGCAUCCAUCUGCUACCGACACUAAGAAUCCGUAUGAAGCCCAAUCAUAUUUCCACGUUCCGUAACGAGCCGCCGCGCGGGCGUCGACGUCCUCGGAAUUCACGACCUGGCCGGCGGCUAGACUUAAGCCAACCAAAACCUUUUCGCAAGCCUAGAAAACCAAAUGACGAUGUUGUUUAUCCCCCUCCACCGAAUCUUUCGGGUUACCAAACUUCUGCCCGAGAAUUACCUGCACAUAUCGUCAGCCGACGCACGCGCGGUGGAAAUCACAAUCGCUUGUCAUCUAUCAUGGAAGAUCAAAGCUCAUGCCCUCUCCAAGAAGACAAUGAGCGUGAGAACCCCAAACGGCAUCCGCAUGUCCUUCCUGAUGAGUGGGAACACAAAAUUCACUCCAAAGAGCCACCUCAAGAGCCAAACAUUCGAGAUCACCUAGCACCCAGGAUUAUACCUUAUAGCAACGAGCAAGUUCAUCGUCCCUUACUUCAAACAAAUACCUUACCAAUAUCACAACCGAUGUCUCGUGAUCCAUCUACGUCAACACAUGACACAGUGGAACAGAACACGGACGAAGCGGAAGUACCAAAACUAGAGACGGUAUCGAAAGUCUCCGAAAUAAAACCCCAGGUGGUCGAACCUGUGUCGGACAUGUGCGGAGGUCGUAUCGUGGUCGGUAUCCAAGGGGGACCAAACGGAGAGCUACCGGUUCCUCAACAGUCCAAAUAUCGCCUUGUAAGACUACUGAGCCAGGUUAUUCCGAAGACAAGACCCCCAACACAUAAUACGAAAUUAAAUGAGGCUUCCGGAGGCGCACCUAUUUCUUGGGCAUCCGAGCCCAUUGGGGGCCCAUGGAUAGAUCAGGAACACCAAAUGUUCCUAAAUUUCGAGAUGUGGCCAUAGCUUAAGGAUCAUUUUCAUCUAUAUUGUUACUCAGUUUGGAAAUAUUAUGCAAAUAGUUCAUUAAGCCGUAUAUGGGUGGAUGAAGUAAAAUGAGGUGCAUUCGUAUUCAUUAUGAAAAAAGGCGACUCAUCAUAGUGAAAUUCUCGUCCGUCUUGUUGAACAUACCAACAAGCGUAAAUUAGUUCAAAAGUCUCAGAACAGUCAAUAUUGGAUAUGAUAAAGAAAACAAGAGAGAAAGGUGCAAAUAAUUGCUAUAUCGUACCAAACGAGCAACCUUCGCUUUGGCAAAUGCUCGUGGUAUGUGCCGCUCUUUGGACUACCUCUCUUGAAGCGUUGUGUAAUUCCAACUACCAAGAUUCGGCUCGCUGAGCCCAUUCAACUUUCAGUCGAACGGCGCAGCUGUGUUUAGGGCAUGCGGAAGUUGCACCAGCGCAUGCCGAAACACUAGAAGAUGGAAGCGAUACGGAGAUCGUAUUGAGUACCCAAGGCGAUUGCGAU